AUGGGCAGCAUAAGGGAACAACUUCUUCGUACAGUACGAUCAGUCCUCACUGGUCUUUUUAAUGACCACGCCCAACAACUCAACGAUGAGGCCCUUCAAACUCUGUUUACUGAAGCAGAAAACAUCGUGAACAGCCACCCGCUCACCGUCGACAAUUUAUCAGAUCCAGAGGCACCUGAGCCAAUCAGACCAAAUCAUCUGCUCACUCUCAAGACAAAAGACUUCCGAAUCGUGUAUACUCCAUGGCAGAGUAAUAUAGCUGAUCCUCUUUCCUGCCUGCUCAAGCAAGAUAAAGUACAGAGUCAUCCUCAUGGAGCGGGAGAAUACAUCCAAUUCGCAGCCAUCAGUGCCACUCCCCAGGCAUUAACUACCAGAGAGAUCGAAGAAGCAUCUGAAGCAGACGAAGAAUUAAAAGUCAUGAGAGAAGCGAUUAAAACUUGCCGAUUUGAGAAAUACAAAGAGUAUGCACCAGCCGCAGGAGAACCGUGUGUGAUUGGACAGCUGGUCUUAAGAGGUACCCGUAUUGUAUUACCAAACAAAUUCAGAUCUCAGGCAAUCAGCUUAGCUUACAAGGCACACCUGGGAAUCAUUAGUACAAAGCAAAAUUUAAGAAGUAAAGGGUGGUGGCCUCAUAUGGAUAAGGCAGCAGAGAAAUUCUGCAAGUCCUGUCACGGAUGUCAACAGGUAUGUUGUCCAGACCCACCCCAGCCAUUGAGAUCCACUACACCACUGGAAAGGCCUUGGCAAGACCUAGUCAUAGAUCUUCUAGGACCACUUCCAUCUGGACACUCAAUUCUCGUUCUUGUGGACUACUACAGCCGUUAUUAUGAGUAUACAAUCAUGACCUCAACUGUCACAGAGAAAGUAAUCGACAACCUGGAGGAAAUGUUCAGCCGCCAUGGCCUACCCCUGACCAUCAAGUCAAACAAUGGUCCACAGUUCUGCUCAGAAGAAUUUCGGGAAUAUUGUAAGCAGAAUGGAAUUGUUCACAUUAAGACCACACCAAAAUGGCCUCAAGCCAAUGGGGUGGUGGAGACAAUGCAUCCUGAUGAAGAGGAUUCACAUUGCCCAAGCUGA